CGUUAAUUUUGCAUAGUCUGCGAAGAACUCUGGUAUACACCGAAACGAAAUUUUCAUAUACAAUUUUGCAAAAUAUUUAUUUUGUUUUUCGUACACACAACAAUUAAUAAAAAUUAUUUAUAAUAGUGAAUAAAUUAUUUGUGUAUGUUUUAAAAGCAUAAAAUCUUUUAAAUGAAUAAGAAAUAAUGGAUUUAAAAAACAUUUAAAGAAAACGAAUAGAGAAAAACUUUUUCACACAGUGCGAGAGAGCAAUACAGAGAAAGGAAGAAGCAGAAUAAGAAAAAAAUAUUUUUUUUUUAGUUUAAUAUCCACCAGCAGUCGAGUGGAGUAAAAAAAGUAAAUACAUAAUAUUGGCAAAUAUUGAAGAAGUGCCAGAGGAAGGCAGUAGCGGCGUCAUGUGGGACUCAUCAAUGUUCCUCAGCACUUUGACGCCUAAGUUCUAUGUGGCUUUGACGGGAACAUCUAGCUUAAUAUCGGGACUUAUAUUGAUAUUCGAGUGGUGGUAUUUUCGUAAAUACGGUACUUCAUUUAUAGAACAAGUUUCCAUCAACCACAUAAGUCCUUGGAUAAACGGUAGUGAUUCGUCCAGUGAUUCCACAACCAACGGCAGUGGCAGCAGCUCUAGCAGUGGCUCAACAAACGGUAAUAACGGGACAACUGGUGUCGGUGGUGUCACUUCAGCAAAUGGUCAACAAAUGCCCGAAUGCAAAGUAUGGCGUAAUCCUUUAAAUCUUUUUCGUGGUGCCGAGUAUCAACGUUUCUUUUGGGCGACCAGCAAAGAACCCUUGACCUACUAUGACAUGAAUCUUUCGGCCCAAGAUCAUCAGACAUUUUUUACGUGUGAGGGUGAUGCACGCAAAGAGGAAUAUGAAAUUAUGCAAACGGCUUGGCGUGAAAGAAAUCCGGUGCAACGUAUUAAAUCGGCCCACAAUGCAAUUGAAAUAAAUCCAGAAUGUGCCCCAGCCUACAUACUGCUGGCGGAAGAGGAAGCAACUACCAUACUGGAGGCUGAACGUAUAUUGCGCACAGCUUUAAAGGUGGCCGAGCAGAAUUAUCGCAAAUCACAACUCACACAACAUCAAGGACCCAUAGCAGAGGGACUGCAUCGUCGAGACACAAAUGUUCUUAUUUAUAUACGGCGCCGUCUGGCGAUGUGUGCCCGUAAAUUGGGUAAGUUAAAAGAGGCUGCGAAAAUGUUUCGCGACCUAACAAAGGAAAUUCCCUCAAUAAUGAAUGUUUUAAACAUUCAUGAGAAUCUCAUUGAAACAUUAUUGGAGAUGCAGGCGUAUGCUGAUUGCCAAGCAGUAUUAGCAAAGUACGAUGACAUCUCUUUGCCAAAAUCGGCUACCAUUUGUUAUACAGCAGCAUUGCUGAAGGCCAGAGCGGUGGCGGAUAAGUUUUCACCAGAUAUCGCCUCCAAGAGAGGCCUGAGCCCGGCAGAAAUGUGUGCCGUUGAAGCUAUACAUCGAGCCGUUGAGUUUAAUCCUCAUGUGCCGAAGUAUUUACUUGAAACCAAACCUUUAAUCCUGCCACCCGAACAUAUAUUAAAGAGAGGCGAUUCCGAGGCUCUGGCAUAUGCAUUCUUCCAUUUGAAACACUGGAAGAACAUAGACGGUGCUUUGAAUCUGCUGCAUUGUACUUGGGAGGGCACAUUUCGCAUGCUACCGUAUCCCUUAGAGCGCGGUCAUCUCUUCUAUCCAUACCCCACAUGUACAGAGUGCGCUGAUCGUGAGUUGUUACCGGCCUUUCAUGAAGUAUCCGUUUAUCCCAAGAAAGAAUUACCGUUCUUUAUACUUUUUACAGCGGGCUUGUGUUCUUUUACGGCCCUGCUGGCUUUGUUGACACAUCAGUAUCCCGAACCUAUGGGUUUGUUGGCACAAACAGUACUUACCUGGAUAUCGUAUCCAUUUCAAUUGCUCAAAGAACGCAUUGAAGCAUUUUGGCCUUGUAAUCUAUUGCAACAUUUGUCAAGAGUUUAAACAUUCUCAAUACAACUCCACCACCGUCGGCGGCGAUGAUGACGAUAUAACACACGUUUAUACUCUCUCGCACAAUUAUUAUUAUAAUUAUCGAUGAUAACAAUUUUAUAACUUUUGGUUAUUUUUCAGCCAUUUAUUAUUAUUAUUACAUUACAUACUGCAUACAGGUAAACACAUACAUACAUUGUUUGUUAGGCUUUCCGUUAUUCCUUCUUAUUUUUCUUGUUUUUUUUUUUUAUAUAUAUUUUACUCUAAUUUAAUGAAAUAUUUUCCUAAUUUCUGAACAACACGUUCGGCUAAUAAUUUAUUUAUUUACACUAAACUAAUUUUUUAUUAUUUUUCUUACGUUUAUACCUAUGAAAAAUAAAAACAAAAUAUUUUAUUUAUUC